CGUUUUCUACAACCGCCGUCUAUAUAUUCCGACCGCCGCGCCACAUUCCAUUCUCCCACCCGCACACCAUCACCCGGAUUGUUGAUUAUUCAUACUCCUACGAGCCGAGGAAGGAAUACUAAGACGAUGUCUCAGCCUAACGCCGGCAAAUCUCCUUCCUCCGCUCCCAACAGUCCUCCACCUGCCGCGGCGGCCGCCAGCCCCACCAAAAAGAGAACAAGAGAUGUCGGCCAAACCUCCGGUGGCGGCAGCGCUCCUCCCUCCCCUCCGUCGUCUCGCCUCGCCAUUGCUCAGACGGAGCGCUCAGCCGCCGCGACGGUGGUCGCAGCACCUCCUCCACCACCGCCGGUGCCGGCACAGCCAAACACCCAGUGUUCGGUGUGCCAGAGGCGGUUCCAGAGCCGCCAGGCGUUGUUCGGCCACAUGAGGCUUCACAGCAACCGCGGUUGGCGCGGGGCUUUCCCUCCUCCGGUCUUCAGCCGCAGCGAGUUUGCCGACGUGCAGCACGUGAUGGCUGCAGCCCGCGGCGAAGACGUGGCGGCGGGCGAAAAUGUUGUUGCGGUGGCUCUACUGCCUCCUCCUCCUCCGGUGGGUAGUGAAGCACCUGCUCGUGGUGGUGAAGCACACGUGCUGCCCGAUCUUAAUGAGCCUCAUUAUCGUGUUCCAGAUUUAAACUUUCCUCCACCACCCGCUUAAGGAGAAAUGCCGCCACAUGGGGUAGUGGUGGGUGGCGUGCAUGGUGAUGGACGCUCAACGCAUGCAUAAGUUAUGAUAUUUUUAUUUUUAAUAUGAAUAAAAAUAAUAUACGUAUAUUCACACAUUUUUGUGGAGAAUUAUAUGUAUAUUAUGUUAUACCAUACUUGUUUAUUUCAAUUUCUUUAGUCAAUGCAAAUAAAAUGCAUGCGUUUGU